GAGUGACUGGGAUUGGGGAUGACAUUAUCAACGAAAGCCCAUCAUUCUUCUGUUACGUGUAGUACCACACAGGUUUCGUUGAAUAAAACUAUUGAACAUGGAUGAAAAAUUUUGCACACGAAAGACAUCUGGUAUUCUUAAAUUAGAUAAUAUAAAAACUAGUAAACAAUUAACAUCAUCAAUUGAUAUUCUACAACCAUGUCCUUCUCAAGAAGAGUUUUCUUCAUCAUCAGCAGUAUCCCCGCAAUUGUCAGUAACAUGGGCAUUUCCACCAAAUGAAAGGAACUUUGAAUCGGUGGAUUACAUUUUCCCUAUGAAGAUGGAUGCAGCUGGUGAAAGCUUUAUCAGUAAACACGACAGCAAAGCUAAAAUACAAGAAGAAAAUAACGAAGAUUAUUCCACGAGCCUAAAUGCAAUUAUUCAAAGAAAGGCCAGUGUUAAAAGAAAAAGAGGAUCCAGAAAUCAUCGUCAAAGUUCUAAAUCUGGUAGUCAAAUAAUGGGGAUAGUAAGUGGGGACAGACGGCGAUCCAGUGUAUAUACAACAAGUUCAGGGGAGACUGCAAUAACGUUUGAAGAAUCCAAAGAUGACUCUAUGCAAGACAAAAUAUUUGAAAAUAUUCGACUUCAUAAAGAGGUACUACAAUCCGUCAAAUUCGAACCAUGGAGCAUGAAACGUAAACUAAGGCUUGUUAAGCAAGCAAAAAGCUACAUCACACGUCAUGAGGGCGCAUUACAAGAGCAUUUCACCUCACGGACAGCAAAAAGUUUAUUAGCGCAAUUCAAUAUUUUUUUAUUAACAAAGUGGCGCAUGAUGAUCCGCGAAGUAACUAAUGUAUCAACUUAUCUGAUCCCAUGGGAAUCUAGAAUAAAGGAAAUUGAAUCUCAUUUUGGAUCAGUUGUUGCAUCAUAUUUUACAUUUUUAAGAUGGUUGUUUUGGGUAAACGUAGUCAUAUCACUGUUGUUAAUAGUGUUUGUGAUGGUACCAGAAGAAAUAUACGUCGAUUCUAGCAAGAUUAAAUGUGAUAUUCGAAAAACUAUGUCUCGCCAAGAAUAUGCAGCAUCGGCUAAUUUUAGUACGAUAUGGGAGUUUGAGGGUAAACUAAAAUAUUCCGCUCUAUUUUAUGGCUACUAUUCAACCUUUUCCGGUGCAAUCGCAUGGGGUUACAAUUUACCAUUAGCAUAUUUUUUAACAGGACUAGUUGUCUAUAUUUAUAGCUUUGUUGCAACGCUUAAAAGUAAGUUGUAAAGAAUUAUAAAU